CAGCACAGCGCCAUCCUGGCCGCCCCCAACCCCGACGAGAAGACCAAGCAGGAGCUCGAGGACCUCACGGCCGACAUCAAGAAGACGGCGAACAAAGUGCGCUCCCCGCUCGUCGGCCGACCUGCGGAUCCGCAAAACGCAGGACCGCUGCAAGGACCGCAUCCAGCGGCAGCUCGAGAUCA